AAAGCUUCAAAGAGUAUAUCCAAGUAAAUGGAUAUAUUGAAAAAUUCAAUCUAUCUAAAUCAUCAUUUCAAAAUGCUUUGAAACCAAAGAAAUUAUUUCCGACCGUUUUAAUUUUCGGAUUAUUUACUAUUUUAUUUAUGCUAUAUGAUACUCGUUCAGUUCCUAAUAAAUAUGAUCAACUUUCUAUUGGAAUAUCUCAAGAAUCUUAUAAGAAUGGUGUUAAUAAGUGUAAAAUGAUAAAACGUGCCAAGCCUGAUAAUAAAUUUAUACGAACAAGUAAUCCUAGAUUUGUUCCAGGAACAAAAACUAUUAUUUUAAAAAAUGGAAAGAUUUUAAACGGGAAAGGAGAAUUGAUUUUAGGUGAUAUUAUUUUAAAAAAUGGGUUAAUUCAUGAUGUUGGACCGAAUUUAGAUUAUGAUGAUGAUACUGUAAUAAUUGAUGUUAAAGAAAAAUUUAUUACACCGGGACUCGUUGAUAUGCAUAGUCAUGUUGGUGUCAAUUCUUGGCCAUACUUAUCAGCUACUAAUGAUUUGAAUGAAGCCGUCGAUCCGAUUACAUCCUAUGUUCGUGCUCAAGACUCAAUAAAUCCAAAUGAUCCAGCAAUUAGAAUUAUUUCGUCCGGUGGCGUUACAACCUCGUUAGUUCUGCCUGGUAGCUCUAAUUUGAUGGGUGGCGAAGGUUUUGUUAUUAAAAUGCGACCAGUCGAUACUAUGUCAGUGGAUGAUAUGGGAAUUUAUGCAAACAUUGAUCCUGAACAAGAGAGAGCUUGGCGUUGGUUAAAAAUGGCUUGUGGUGAAAAUCCAAAGGGACGGAUUCCUUCUACACGUAUGGGAGAAGCAUGGCUCUUCCGUAAACUCUUUUCUGAGGCAAAGGCGUUAAAACAAAAACAAGAUGAUUGGUGUGAAGCUGCGGCAAAAUUAAGCAAUACAGAACAAUUGAAUUCAUAUUUUCCGGAGGAACUUCGACUUGAAAGUUUGGUAGCAUUGUUUAGAGACGAUGCAAAAUUAAAUGUUCACUGUUAUGAGACCUAUGAUAUAGAAGCAAUUAUUCGACAUUCUUUGGAAAUUAAUUUUACUAUUACGGCUUUACAUCAUGCGCUAGAUGCUUAUCGUAUUACUGACAUUAUUAAAAAGCGCGUAAAAAAUAAUAUUACUAUUGCAACAUUUUCUGACCUUUGGGGGUUCAAGAAGGAAUCAUUCCAAGCUAGUACAAAGUCACCGAAAAUUUUAGCCGAUGCACACAUUCCUGUAGCCCUAAAGUCAGAUCAUCCUGUAAUUAAUGCGCAAACUUUGAUGUUUGAAGCUUCCAAAGCACAUUUUUACGGCCUUGAUGAAAAUCUUUCUCUUGCAGCUGUUACAUCAGUACCUGCGAAAGCUCUAGGUUUAGAUCAUCGUAUCGGACAAAUUUCAAAGGGAUAUGAUGCUGAUGUUGUGGUUUGGGAUUCUUAUCCACUUGAAUUGGGUGCAACUCCAUUAGAAGUUUAUAUCGAUGGAAUUCCUCAAUUCAACACUCCUUCAAGUGUGCUUAGUAAUGAAAAAUCGAAACCAAUCCCAUCAAAUAAUAGAAAUCUACCUAUACAAAAGCCGGAUUUUAUCCGGAAGCCUGUUAAAUCACAA